AUGAUGAUCCAAUUUCAAAUUCUGAGAGGACACAGUGAUACUAUGAGCACCUGCCAUUUUUGCUUUGAAGACACUAAAAUACUUUCAUGCUCUUAUGAUAGAACAGUGGGGCUCUGGGAUGUUGAGAAAGGUUUUUCUAUUCAAGUUUCUGAGUUUCUGCCGCCAAUUUCUGAGUGCAACUUAACUCCUGAUGACAGAAGGGUGGUAACAUCAUAAUAUGAUAAUACUGCCAAGGCUUGGGAUAUGGAAACAGGAAAAAUGCUUUGGACAGUAGAACAUGAAGGCAUUGUAACUUCAUGUAAUAUUUCUUGCGAUGGUAGAUACAUGUUAUCUGGUUCAGACAAAGAAAAUACCAUAUAUGGUUUUGAUGCAAUAAGUGCAACAGUAGUGGCACGUAUCCAAGUCUCACUUGAUGUUUUUUGUAUUGGUCAUCACAAAAGUACAAUCACAAGAUGUUGUUUUGACCCUGAUAACCAAAGAGUGACUUCAGUAUCAUAUGAUAAGACCAUAAAGCUAUGGGAUAUGAUAACACGAUCCACCUCAAUUGCAAUUAAUGAGGGACACGGCAAUGCUAUUUCAGACUGCUGCUUUACCUCUGAUGGUCAUUACUUGUGCACAGCAUCCUGGGACAAAAGCUUAAAAAUAUGGGACAUAAAGACAGGAGAAUUUCAGUGUCAUGAACCCAUUUCCUUGAACCAAAGACACGAAGGUUCUGUUAGUUCCUGCCUUUUUAGCCAAGAUACAUCACUUGUUGUGUCUGGCGGAUAUGACAAAACUAUAGCUAUAUGGGAUACAGAGGCAGGCUAUAAAAAGCUAAGUUUAAAGGGUCAUUGGGACUGGGUAACAGAUGUUGCGAUUAGCAAGAAGUGGUGGAUUCUUUCCACCUCAAAGGAUUCUACUUUGAGACUGUGGAAUAUUGAAAAAACGGAUCAUAUUCCUUCAGUGAUAGAAAGCAGAAAAGAAAGAGGCUCAAAAAUUGCUCAGUGUGAAGAACGUGAAAAACCUUUCUUACGCCUGCGGCGUAGUGACUCUCAAAUGAUAUCCAAGUGUGUAUUCUGUCAUCUGUCUUCUCCAGUGAGAAAAAUUUUGCCAUUACCACCUUCUGUUUCUCCUGAUCUUUAA